CGAAACAGAAACCUCCUCCUCCUUUCUCGCCAACAACCGAGAAUUGCAAAGCCGUCCCAUCUGUCAUUCACAAGUUGUUCAUCAUCAUAAUUCGACCAAAACUCACAGCGAACACAGAAAUCAACUUUGAAGACGAAGAGCAACAUCGACAUCAUCUCUGCAAGGAAUCGAACAUCCAUCCAUCCUUUAAUACCACAAUUCAAUAUCAAUAAGCCGCCACGAUGAAAACCCUAACCCCCCUCCUCCUGUUGUCGAUCGCGCUGCUCGCCCUCUCGGCGUCGGCGUUUCAGCAGGGCCCCUUGCCACGACCAUCUUCUCGGCUUGCUCCCCGCUCGGUGGUUCCCACCGCGCAAUCUCCCCUCUUUGGGAGCGAGCUGUCGGCCCAGUUCGCCAGCAACUCGGACGAAUCGACGACGACGUCUAGCACCUCGGCAACAGCCACGGCCUCGUUCCUCCGCACGGUCCGCAACCGCCUCCGCACCGCCACUGGAUUCUCCUUCACGGUCUUCCGGGCCACCCUGCGGGGGAUCACGGGGAUCAGCCUAACGACCCUCUACGCAGGGACCCUUGCCGCCACGGGCCUCUGGAUCCGCAAGGCCAUGUCGACCGUCCUGGGCCUAUUUCCCUCGGGCUUUCGCUACUUUUUGCAGCCCUUUCUCGUGCUUUACUACACACCCCUCAUUUUGCUGCGCAGCGCGGCGAGCCCCACCACCCGCAAGCGGGCCGUCAAGAAGCACGAAACGGUUGUAGAAGCCUACAAGGAGGCCGUAACCCUGGCCGAGGAGACGGAAAAGUCGGGCUAUUGGCCCGUUGUCGUCAGCGACGACGGGUACUUUGAGCUUGCCAAGCCCCCCAGUGUUGGCGAGAGCGGCGGGGCGGCCAAGAUGGCCGAGGCCGUGGCGGAGGCCGUCCAGCACGCGAUGGAGAUCAACAGCGACGAGGACAAGAAGUAAUGCGCAGGGUGCAAUAUUGCAAUGCGAUGCCGUGCCGCAGGCCGGGAGGUCUGCCGUCGAAAUUUGUACAAAGACCAGCAAGAAGAAGUGAUAUUAUGUAAUAUUAGUAUGAAGAGAAGGAACGCCGGAACGACUUGAAGAAUAUACAUUGGCAUUCGUAUCAUUAUUUUAUCGGGGAUAGAGAAUGCAACGCGGACGGGUACAAUACCGUACCUUACGCACUCUACUAGACAAGGAUUGCACAAACUAUGUUACAAUAUACAUUUAUUUAUUCA